GCAGGUCGGCUUCCAAAUAUUUGAGCUAAAACUACAAUCAAGCGUCUGUAAAACGUUCUAUACUGGAGGGGACACACACAUUGCGCUUUAAGAAAUGAAGCGGCCAGCUGCAAUAUUUUUGGCGUCUAAAUUGAUUUAAUUAUAAAUUAACCCGGAAGUGACUUUAGAAGUAUUUCCUUUUUUCACCGGAGAGUUCACAGAGAAGCGCGUCUGUGUUUUCAUCUGUCAUUGAGGAAGCAAACCGCGUAGAAUAUUAUUAGAAAAAGACAUGCUAGUUCUAAACCGAUUACGGCCAGCUGCAUCUUCUCAAGCUCAGAGUAUAUGCUUGGUGAAUACAAGGCAUCCGCUUUCCAAAUCGCUGAAAUCGACAACAGCAAGCUGCUCUGAUUUCCAACCAGCUGUCUUAAAUGAAAAUUACACUGACAGUUCCGCAAGACACGGUCUCCCACUUCCACGUUUUUGGAAAUGUUUGGAAACACGACAGCAGGCGACCGCUGCCAAUCUGUUUUUAACAGCACCGACACACUGCCAGUAUGGGCUAGGCCCCAGGACUUUUUCCACAGUUUCAAAAACGUACAAGUGUUGGAAUUGCGGGGAAAGUCUGCAACAAACUCACACUUACUUCUGCACGACGUGCAAAGUUCUUCAGCCGCCCGAUGAGGACAGGAACUACUUCGACAUAAUGGACUGUGAAAUAUCAUUUGCUGUGAACAUUCAGAAGCUUCAGCGAACAUACAGAAAUCUGCAGCGUUCCCUUCACCCUGACAAUUUCAGCCAGAAGCAAACGAAAGAGCAAGAGCUGUCUGAAAAACAGUCAGCGUUGGUGAACAAGGCCUAUAGGACGCUGCUUGGACCCCUGAGUCGAGGGCUUUAUAUGCUAAAGCUUCAAGGACUGCAGCUAGAAGAAGCAAGCACAGACUUUGCUAUGGAGCCACAGUUUCUUUAUGAAAUCAUGGAAAUCAAUGAGAGACUGGCUGCAACACAGAGAGAGGAGGAAACCAGUGAAAUUGGACAUUGUGUUCAAGACAGAUUGCAAGAGUUGAUCAGAGAUGUCAGUGAGUCGUUCAGCAAAGGAGACCUUAAAAAGGCAAAGAUGCUUCUGGCUAAAAUGAAAUACUUUGUCAACGUAGAGGACAAGGUGAAGGAAAAGCUGUCUUCAUCCUGAGUGUCAACACAGCCUGGCUCUGCACUUACUAGAUCUUUUUUUUUUUUUUUUUUAAUAUCAUGAAUAAUGCUGUUUAAAUUUAAAUUAUUUAUAAUACUGGAAUCCUGCUACGUUUUAAACUUAAAGUAAUACAAUUAAAGUGGCUGUAGCUCAUGAAAUACUUUCAUAAAUACUGCCUGUCGUGCAGUUCUGUUGAGUAUAUCGGUCUCGAAUGUGCAGCUUUGAUAGAAAGAUGAUGUAGCAAAUGCGUAUUUUCAUUUUACAGCAUGGCAUCUGAUCGGUAAAAGAACAUUCUCAGUUUGUUUGCCUUCGCUUCCAGGAAAUGUCUUACAAUUGCACUUCCUGGGUCGGUUCACCCCAGCAUUGUCUUUGGGCUCUUAACGGCUGCAAAGGAUGUCAGUCGUUUGGGGAAGCAGCUGAUUGGUUACUAACAGGAAAGACGACCCAGAAGAGGUGGGCUCAAUUUCACUCUCCAGAUGAAAUGACCGUGAAAGUGCAAGACAGCAAGACAGCAAGGUCUGCAAUGAGAGAUGUAUUUAACCUAGUGUGUUUGCAGAUAUACUUUUAAAAUACAAAUACGCCAUUGAUAAGAUCUAUAGAUUGCUUUUAAAACUACACAUUUUGAGGUCUACUAAAUAGUGAAUGGAUGGGCAUAGCAUGUAACAUGUACAGCUGUGUUGACUUCAAUCACUGAAAUAUUAGCAGUACACUGCUUUGUUGUAGUACUCUGUAACACAAUGUAACACAAUUUACAACAACAAAAAAAAUCUGCUUCUCCAGUUUGUGACCAGUUUGACGUAUUUUAAAAUGUAUUUAUUAAUUUUUUAAAGAUCUAUUUUUUUGGUCCAGAUUUGGUACAAAUCAAAUAUCAUUGAAGGUUUUAAAAUAUUGCGCAAAGCCAGAUUUUCAAUACCUGGAUGUGUCAUAUAAAAAGAAAUGCUUUAUUAAAUGACAUUCAAAGACCAGAAGUAGGAAGACAAUGGCUUGUGAAUUCAGAUCAGAACUAAAAUCAGAGAUUGUCAUGGCUUCUUGAGAUGGAAACACUUAAAAGGAUCUUUUUAAACUGCUAAUUAGAAGUACUGGCACACAUAACUAUUAUGAAUAAUUUCAAACUUUACGUUAGGGGUGAAUAUAUUAGCCCUCUUAUUAUUCUUGCUGAAGGUCUUGCAUACUAAAUCAAAUAUGUUUAAAAGCAGGAAUGCAGAUUUCUAAACAGAACCUGUAAUUUUGAAUUCCUGUCUUACUGCUCCCCUGGACACUUCAUUUAUGCAGGUUCAGUUAUUUUCUGUCUCCUCCACAUCUUUUCAUUUCACCUCCUGCUACGAAUUAAUUUUUUCCUCUAACCCAGGACCCCCUAUUGAUUCUUUUGCCCUGAACUCAUAACAGUGAACUCCUAUCUCAUGUUUUGUUUAAGUUUUUGCUGUACAUUUAAUACAUUAUAGCAUACAUAUAUACAAGUACAGUCGCUGUAAUACACAAGCAAUUAUAACACAGUAUGUGAAGCCCCUUCUGUAGAUUUUCAUUGUCAAAACCUCAUGAAUCGUAGUCUAAUACAAAUAAAAAGAAAUACAACUUUCACUGAGACAUAUGCAACUUUUGCAUAACAAAAAAAUGCAAACUCUUAAAGUUCUUCUACUUUGGCAUAAUAAUAUUUCCUCUGUGCGUAAAUGAUAAAUACAAGCAUCCUUAGUAAGAAGGCGUGUUUAGUACUAUAUAGACUAACAAGCCUCUGAAUUGCCAAAUUCCAUCUUCUACGUUUAAGAGUAUGGCAAGCAGCCCAGAAUUAACUUCUCUAAUAAAUUUGUGGGGUUUGUUGUCAACAAUAUGACUUCAUGCAAAUAUUGUUUCAACUUAAAUGAAUGUUGUUUUGCUAAAAAGCUUAAAUGUAUGCUUUAUAUUGUCUGCAUGUUCAUAAUAUUUAAUGUCUUAGCUGUUUAAUGUCCUA